AUGGCUGGCCGUCAAAGCUCGGUUGUGUUAUUGAUGUUUACAGUGGCAAAAUUAUUAUUUCAGGGCGCAAAUGCGGUUACGAAGUACACAGUUGGAGACAGUUUGGGAUGGACACUCCCUCCCAACAAUUCACUUGGGUAUUAUGACUACUGGGCUAACAACAAGACAUUUCUGUUAGGAGACUACCUCGUGUUCGGCUGGACUGGGAUACAUACUGUAACUGAAGUAGACAAUGAAGAUGAAUAUAAUAACUGCACAAAGACAGGAAUAGUGAUCGUAACAAGAGGAGGAGUCAGUGUCCCUCUUAAUGCAAAUGGGACUCGCUAUUUCGUGUGCUCUGUUGGAAACCCCUGCGAACAAGGUAUGAAGGUGGCAAUCAAAGUUGGAAGUGGAAUGUCACCGCCACCGCCGCCACUGCCUCCCUCUGCAGCUCCAUCCCUCACCGUUGGUUCCUUGUUGGCCGUUGUUCCCUACUCCUUUCUCAUCUUCUUAUUUAGUUACAUGUAAAGCCUUCUUGGUGUACUAGAUAAUUUAAUAUUCAU